UUGCACAUCCUGCUUUGUGUGUUGCAGGCAGCCUCAGAGCGUCUCACCGUGAAAACAGCGAUGUGACCGAGUGAGCGACUCACACCUGGGCUAGCUGUUGUUUCAACAGGCAGCGUAUAGAGAGAAACAGCAGGGAUGAGGACAUUGUGAACUCUCGCAGGUCAGCUAGCGCCUCUGCCGCGUAGAUGGAGCGGCUCCACUGGGUGCAGCAUCGCUGUCGGCAGCUGCUGGCAGGAGACUCGGGGCGAGGCUGGUACUCUUCCCCCGAUGGGCUGCCCAACAAAAGCUCACUGGACGCCCACAGCUCCCCGCAUAGAGUCAUCGGGAAGCGGAGAACGGUGUUUGCCCGCCACGGGCCCCACCAGCAGGAGUACGAAGCCGUCUCCAAAAGCUACAAGGGCAAUGCCAUCCGCACUACCAAAUACAGCCUGUUGACUUUCAUCCCCAUGAACCUGUUCCAGCAGUUCCACAGGGCUGCCAACCUGUACUUCCUGUUUCUGGCGUUACUGAACUGGGUGCCAGUUGUUGAAGCCUUUCAGAAGGAAAUUACCAUGAUUCCUCUGCUGGUGGUUCUCACUGUUAUCGCCAUCAAAGAUGCCCUGGAAGAUUACAGACGCUACCUGUUCGACAAGAAGGUCAACAACAACGUAGUGCAAGUGUUCUGUGGCAAGCAGAAAGCCUACAUUGACCAGUGCUGGAAGGAUGUGCGAGUUGGAGACUUGGUCCGUCUGUCCUGUAAUGAAAUCAUCCCUGCUGACAUGCUGCUGCUGUAUUCAUCUGACCCUCGUGGGGUUUGUUACAUUGAGACCGCCAACCUGGACGGAGAGACCAACCUGAAACAGAGACAGGUCGUUUUAGACCUCCCACUGCAGGGAGCAGAGUUGAACCUUGAGAGCUUCAACAGUCGUAUUGAGUGUGAGAACCCCAACAAUGACCUCAGCAGGUUCAGAGGUUACAUGGAGCACCCCAACGGGGUUCGUGUCGGCCUCCAUAACAACAACCUCCUGCUGAGGAGCUGCACCAUCCGCAACACUGAGACUGUAGUGGGCAUCGUGGUCUACGCUGGUCACGAGACUAAAGCCAUGAUGAACAACAGUGGGCCGAGGUACAAGCGCAGCCACCUGGAGAGGCGUCUGAACACAGACGUCCUGUGGUGCGUGCUGCUGCUCAUCAUCAUGUGUCUGACUGGUGCUAUAGGUCACGGCCUCUGGCUGAAAAACCUCAAAAACCCGGUCUUUGAGGUUGACGGGGAGACGUCUCCUGCCCUGGCUGGAUUCUACGUUUUCUGGACUAUGAUCAUUGUGCUGCAGGUGCUGAUCCCCAUUUCUCUGUACGUGUCCAUUGAGAUUGUGAAACUGGGCCAGAUCUACUUCAUCCACAACGACUUGGCCCUGUACAACGAGCAGCUGGACUCCAGGAUCCAGUGCCGGGCCCUCAACAUCACCGAGGACCUGGGUCAGAUCCAGUACCUGUUCUCUGAUAAGACGGGAACUCUGACAGAGAACAAGAUGGUGUUCCGCCGCUGCAGUAUCUACGGGGUUGAAUAUCCUCAUGAGGAGAAUGCUCGGAGGCUGGAGGUGUACGAGGCGGAGAGGAACGAUGCAGCCGGUCAUUCUGUGACUCUGAAGUCGGCCUGCAGCCGUAAAUCUCUCAGCUGUCGCUCCCUCAGCUGCAACCGCAGCUCCGUGUCUCUGCACACGCUCACCGCCGAGUCGGAGGAGGAGGACCAGCCGUCCAAUCACAUCCAGCCCAGGACCAGUGCCUUCUGCAGCCGCGUGGCGCUUGCAGGAUCAGAUGUCGGGGCGCUGUCCUUCGGCUCUCCGAUCAACGCCUCGGCUCUCCUCAUCAUCCUGCUGCACCAAGUUAUCGAGAGUCGCACUCUGACGUGGAUUCACAUGCUGGUGCUGGUCCUCAGUGGUGGGUCUUACUUCGGCUUUGUGCUGCUCUUCAGUUUGUUCUGUGUAUCCUGCAGCCCCCCCACCAACCCUUUGGGGGUGGAGACGCUGCAGAUGUCCCAGCCUCUCUUCUACAUCGUGUGCGCUCUCACUACUGUGAUGGCUCUGUUGCCCAGGCUUUUGUGUCGAGCUCUGUACAACACGUUGCACCCCGCUGCUGUUCUGAAAUCAGCUCAUAUGGACAAAGUGGAUUCAGAGAAGUACUGCAGGAGAAUGCAGCGCUGGAACCAGAGUCACUCCAGAGUCAACAGGCUGCCGGUGUGCGCCGACAACCCUGGCCUGGAGCCCAGCACGUCCUCAGUGGUGUCCUGACCCCCCUCUACGCACACACAGGUGUAUGACCUAUUCAGGGAAAGACCCGAAAAGUCUGUUGACAUGCUGGAUUCAAUCGCAUGUCGCUGUGUGGAUGUUCCACUCACCAGCUAUUUAUAGGCUCUGCUGAAAGACAGCUCAUUUGGCUACAAGUCAGUAGCCAAAGGACUCUUGGUGAGAUUAAUUUGCUCCAAAGAAAACCAUGUUUAAUUGGACAUGUACUUACUGAAUGAAUAGUGCUGUGAGUAUGAGUUGAAACAUUCCACCAAGCAUUUUUGGGAACAGGAGCUGUGAAACAUGAUCUUGUAGAAUAUUUGGAGACAAUACUAUUUUUAAAGGACCUAUACAGUGUGUAUCAUUUGAACAUCAGGAAAUCAUCAAUCAUCUGGCAUUCGUCAGGAUCAGCCUACUAGUACUGGCCUUCACUGUGUGCUGCAGUCGGUACGGUGAGCCACUACAUUCGCACUGCAGCUGAAAGUGACCAAAUCCAAUAUUAUUUCUAAUAUUCCGUCUUAAUAUUUUUGAUCAGCUCCGCGCUGUGUGCACAUAGAGGUGUUCAUUGGGAGGACAGUGAAGUGUCAGACCUCACUAAAAGCCAAUAUUCAAAUCUUGGCUUACUUUUGCCUCUUCACUCUUUUCAGACUUUAUACUGUCCUGUUCAUGCUUGGAAUUAGUCCAAUUUCACUGGUUUACUGUGAGAUGUAUAUGUGUGUCACAGUUGUAUUGUGUUAUUCUUUGGGUCAUGAACAACUAAGACAAAAAACCUGAAAUCAGAAUUUAACAUUAAAGCUGGAACAAGAGAUUUAUGACCACAAGGGGGCAGACAUACUUGAAACAAACUGACAGAAGCACAGCAAAGAUAUCCUGCUGGUUGACAUAUUAACAAACUAUUUCUUUACACAGCAGGGAAGAACAUUAGCAUACCAUCAGGGUUGUGCUUGUGUCUACCUGAGUCUAAUAUUCACUCCACUGUUAGCUCCUGUUUGGGCUCUGCAACAAAAUCUGUCUUUUUAGCUGCUACUGUAGAUAUAUGACUUGUUCACGUGAGCUCUUUGCUUUUUGGUAUGGCUAAAGAGAGCUGUGUGAGUCAAACAUACAGUCUACUUGCUGGAGAACCAAAAAAAGAGACACAAAUAUGUUAAAAUCUGAGCUUGAAGGUUCAUUCUUGUUCUUUGAAACAGCAGCUUGACAAAAAAAAUGAAUCAGAGCAACGUCCACUCAGAGGACUUGUUGUUUCCAAAGGUUUCAACCACAGCUUUUGACCUUCCUCAGUGGAUGGAGUUGCUCAGUUGUCGUGGAGAUGAUUGACCCUUGAAACAGGGGUUACUAUCUACUAUGCACUGUUAAUAUUAGAGACACAUCAAUCCACUUUUGUUCAGUUCCGAUCCGAUUCUGAUCCCUGCAUUUGGAGAUCUGCUGAUAUCGACAGGGAGACCACAGCUCUUGAUGCAUUAUCAACUGCUAGAUUUCAAAAAGUAAUAAGAGAAUUUCAGUGGAAUUGCAAAUUGACAACAUAGGUUUAUAAAGUGAAUUUCAAAAUAAACAUGGAAGAAUUGUGUAGAGAUAUAUAUAUAUAUAUAUAUCUACACUAAUAAAAAACCCUAUCAAAAAGAGACUAUGGAAUCUGGAUCGGUGGCCUCAGUCCGAUAUGUGAAUUACAAUGUCGUCCCCUGAUACCUAUACCAGAUCAGAUCGGUCCCAACUCUAGAUAAUGUGUUGUUUAAGUCAGUUGACAGAAAGCUGCAGUAUGGAUGUAACCAAAGAGAAUUCUUGGUGACACAAAGCAGGAAGAGGGUACUGAAGGCCUUCAACCACUAUAUAAAGGAGGCAGGAUCAGGAAGCAACAAUCAGAUUAUUAUUUCAAUACAGCCAUAACAGUACCAGUACCACUGUUGUGUGUGUGAUCCAGAUGUCUGGAUCAUGGUCUCAUUGGUUCCUGUUAACUACACUAAGCUGACACUGCUUAAUGUUGAGAACACGCACAGGAAUGCUUACAAUUGUUGGAAUGUGUUUACAGUCCUGGGUUAGACAGAUGGAAUUUCACAGAGUUGUAACAAUGAGCCGCAGCCUGUUUUUGUUUACCUGCUCAGCUGCUCUGUGUGCAGUGCUGACACCGGAGCAGACCAGGUCAGUUGGGGUAAAUGAAGGAUUAAUAAUUGCUGAGUCAAUUUUGGACUGGAUCUCAUGUCGCUGUAAUCAACAAAGGCUGCAGUUUACACCUAUACAUUAAGGAUGUGACAGUACUACACCAUGAAUGGAAGACGCUGAGGCUGAGCUGGUUCUCAGGUUUUCCUAGGCUGAGCUGCACUAACAAGGGUUAACAGGGAUCAGACUGAAUCUGGGUUUAAAGGUGAUUUUGUCCCCAGUAGUCCCUAUUAUUAUUUUAAGUCAUCAUUGAACCAAAUACAAUUGAAAUUUGGUUUAUUCUCAUCUAUAUUAAAUUAGAUUAUACAAUUUGACAAGGUUGAAACAUAUGCACCAAAUAUCCUGUGAUCAUUCUGUUUACACUUUACACCUCCAUAAGUACAAGUCGUGUUUACUUUACAUUUUGCAGACUAUUUUCAAAUGCAUAUUGGAGGUAUUGUUGCUGUCAUUCUAUGGCGUCGUUGAGUUCCACUCCUUUCUGACGACGUAAGUCAAUUAGCAGACUCUUUAAACGGGCUUGGGUCGUGCAGUGAGGAUAAAUCCUGCAUUAGUUAGAGACUGCUUUGACUAUUCUGCACUGAAUUACCUCAUGUGCAAAAUAUUGUAUGAAAAUAAGCGGUAACUUAAGGAUGUCUGGAAUUAUAGAAAAUUACUUCCACGUCUCUGCAACUCUACGACAUGGUUUCAAAAUGGUGUAAAGUGUACGCAGACUAACACAUGCAAAAAACAACAAAACAGGGCUCCGCUUGCAUGCAGUGAGUGAACCAGCAAUAAUCAUGACGCAUUUAUGGUGAAACCGUUCCAAACUAAGAUUAAUAUAUUAUUAAAAAUAAAAUAUAAUAAUUUACUAUACAAUUAUUUAUUAACUACACAGGGAACUAUUUAACCAUUUAGAGGCACGUAGACGUCAACUCAUUUUCCAGCAUGUAGAGAACCCUAGAGCGGUUGCACACUGGGUCCUGCGAUUGCACCAUUACAUAUGAUUAUAAUAAUUCUGUUAAUAGACAGCGUGACGUGAUUGAUUGAUUUAUUUAAUUAAAACUACA